CCGGUGGUGCUCCUGGUGCUCGGAGUGUGACGCUAGACGUCACUAGGAACACACGUGUGAUUGUUGUUACCCUCUCGUCAGGAAGUACUGGUACUACCCCCCCCCCCUUGUUAUCCUUCGUCAGGAGCUGCUAGUACCUCCUCUCUCGCCAUCACCAGGACUCCAGUGCUACUCUAGAUCACCAGGACAUUAGUGCCGCCAGUCCUCUCUCUGCUUUAGCCUAAAAAAAACCGUCAAAAUGUAUGAUGUUUUUGGCUCUAUCCGGGGUCUACUGAAGAUAGACUCCGUCAGUAUCGACAAUAAUAUAUUUCGCAUGCACUACAAGGCGACUAUGUUCGUCCUAGUGGCCUUCAGUUUGCUAAUAACGCAGAAGCAGUACUUCGGGGACCCCAUAGACUGUAUCGUGGAAGGUGUGGACCCAGGCAUCAUGGACACCUACUGCUGGAUCCACUCCACCUUCACCAUCCCUUCCCUGACGGGUGCUGUGGUGGGAGAGGAGGUGCCUCAUCCUGGUGUGGCUAACCCUGCCAUACACGGCCCUGACGACCAGUUUCAGAUAAAACACCAUAAAUACUACCAGUGGGUCACACUCUUCAUGUACUUCCAGGCUAUCCUGUUCUACAUUCCUCGGUAUUUGUGGAAGAUCUGGGAAGGCGGUAAGGUGAAAAUGCUUGUGAUGCAGCUGAACUCUCCCAUUUUGGACGAUGAUGUGAAGCGGGAACGCAAGGCCAUGUUGGUAGAUUAUUUCAGUGUUAAUCUACACAACCACAAUUUCUAUGCAUUUAGAUUCUUCUUGUGUGAACUUCUCAACUUUAUUAAUGUCAUUGGCCAAAUCUACUUCACUGACAGAUUCCUGGGUUACGAGUUCACGACAUAUGGUACUCGUGUCAUUGAAUUCAGUGAGCAAGAACUUGGCACUCGUCAUGACCCCAUGGAUGAGGUUUUCCCUAAAGUGGCUAAGUGUACCUUCCACAAGUAUGGUGCAUCAGGCACAAUUGAGAGGCAUGAUGGUCUCUGUGUACUUCCUCUCAACAUUUUCAAUGAGAAGAUCUACAUUUUCUUGUGGUUCUGGUUUAUCAUUGUGGCUGUGAUAUCUGGAGUUGGUCUUCUGUACCGCUUGGCCACGUUCACCCCAGCCUUCAGACAGAUCCUCCUCCGGACUCGCUCUCGCCUUGCAUCCUCUGACAAUGUGGAAGCCAUCUCCCGGAAGUGCCAGAUUGGUGAUUGGUUUGUGCUUUAUCAGCUAGCAAAGAACAUGGAUCCAUUGAUCUACAAGGAAUUUAUAACUGAUCUGGCUAACAAACUUCAAGGAAAAGGCCCGGUUUAAACAAGGUGAAAGAGUGCUUAUUACACAAAUGAUGCCUUAAUUUUGUACAAUUGUCUUCCUUCCGAUUGUGGCUACCAUGACAGGGCCUGCUAACUCGACCAUGGUGGAGAUAUUCCCAUAAAGAUGCUCCUGUAUUUAUACCAGGAUGCUAAAUUUGCUCAUGUUUGUGUAUAUGGCUAUAUUUUUAGUGUUAAAGAGAAUUAAUUUUUUACUGAAAAGUUGUUCACUAAAGUUAUACCAAUGGUGCAUAUAUUUUUUUAAAUACUCAGAUGGUGCACAAUUUAUAAAAAUGCAGUGGUCACAAGGAUAAGGUUUAAAUUUUAUAAGUGGUCUCUAGCUGGGCUGAGACCAGGAUAACUAGAAAACGUCACAGGUGAGCCAUAUAUUUUUUCAAUAUGUACUAGUAGAAAAUAUUGUAUAUAGGGGACUACAAAUAAUGUACACUGUAAGGUUUCCAUUUUUCAGAUGUCGGUAUUGUUAAGGGGAAUAGUCAAUUUUUUUGUGCUAUUUAUUCUGCAUUUAUUUAAGUUGAGGUUAGACUGUUCUUUUAUGUUCAGAAUGGGAAGGAGGGAGAAGAGCUCCAGGAAACUUUAAUGAUUUCUAGAGAAUAUAGAAAAACUGUAUUUUUCAUUUAGUAACCAUUUAUUAGAUUGGCCAGUGAGUCCUGUUUAAGAUGUCUGAUUGCUCUUCACUUUGCUAAUGGUUAAUAGCAAGCCAUUUUGGAGUUCAGUGAGGAUUGCCAUUUGCCAGUCUAGUCUCCAACCUUUCUAAUUUUUUAUUGAAUAGUUCCUGUUACUCUAUGGCAUGGUAUGCCUUGCAGUGCUGGUUUGAGGGACCAAUUACUAUGGCAAAGCAGUGCUGGUUUGAGGGACCAAUUACUAUGGCAAAGCAGUGCUGGUUUGAGGGACCAAUUACUAUGGCAAAAGAAAAGUAUGGAAAUAUUUUUUCUACUCAUUUUGUAUAGUUGUGAUAGGUAAUAUUAAGGCAUGUUAGUGUACUUGAGGUUCUCGAUUUGUCAAGAGCACAAGGAUUUGUUUACAGUUAUUGGACGCAUGUAAAUUAUGUUUUACUUUUUAAGGAUGAAUGCAGACUUGUGUAAUGCAUAUUAGUUAGUGCACAUGUAUGUUUGAUUAAAAGGUAUUUUCAAUAUCAAGUUGUGAAUGAGAGGUCGUGUAUUAUAAAUAAAUAAUGAUCAGUUCAAA